UAUAGAGCAAUAAUGGCUCACACCAACUUUUAAAUCCCGAUCCUUCCCCACGCUUCCCCCCCGUCCCCUUCCAACAUGCACCUCAUUGCCGUCCCCUCCAUCGCCGUUGCUAGACUCCUAGCCGCCGCCUCUCAACUAGUUUUCUGUUGGGUGGAUUUUCAAAAACCCCCAAUGCGCCAAACGCCAUAGCUCGCUCGAUAGUUGACAGAAUUGAGUGAUUUGACUUGCAAAAGAACUUUCUUGGUGUCAGCUACAACGUCGUAAAAUUUCGGACUGUUUCAUCGCUUGGAUUCCGUAGCAGUAGCAGCAGAAGCAGCAGCAGCAGCAUCAGAAGGAGCAGCAGACUCAGCAGCAGCAGCAGCAGCAGCAGCAGCAGUAGCAGCAGCAGCAGCAGCAGCUGAAGGAGCAGCAGCAGCAGCAGUAGCAGCAGCAGCAACAGCGGCAGCAGGAGCAGUGGCAGCAGCAGCAGCGGCAGCAGCAGCAACAGCAACAGCAGCAGCAGCAGAAGGAGCAGCAGCAGCAGCAGCAGCAGCAGCAGCAGCAGCAGUAUCUACAGCCAUCCCCAUCCUCCCCUCCUCUUUGAGCCGCCGCGGGUCCACCCGCCGCCGCUCCCUCCCGGCCACCGCGGGUCCACCCGCCGUCGCCUUCCUCCCACUCCGUGUGACAUUUACGACCCAGCUGUCCCUGACUCCCCUGCUCACUCUGCCUCAUCGCACCAGCAGCAGCAGCAGCAGCAGCAGCAGCAGCAGAAGGAGCAGCAGCAGCAGAAGGAGCAGCAGCAGCAGCAGCAACAGCAGCAGCAGCAGGUGCAGCAGCAGCAGCGGAUGGAGCAGCAGCAGCAGCAGCAGCAGCAGCAGCAGCAGCAGCAGGAGGAGGAGGUGCAGCAGCGGAUGGAGCAGCAGCAGCAACCGCAGGCAGUGCAGCAAUAGCAGCCGCAGCAGGAGGUGCAGCAGCAGCACCAGCAGCAGCCACAGCAGCAGCAGCAGCAGCAGCCACUGCAGCAACCUCAUCGGCAUCGCCGCACCACCUCUCCGACUCCCAUGAGGAGCUCAUUGGCGUUCAGCAACAAACACCUUCCCUCACGCCUCUCUACCCGGGCUUCCUUGGCCUCCUUAUCC